AUGGAAUUAAAUGUCAAGCUUCAUAAAGAGGAGGGUGACUUACUUGCUGAUCCCAGUUUAUACCGGAAAUUGGUGGGUAGCCUUGUUUAUCUUACCAUUACUAGACCGGAUAUUUCUUUUACUGUCCAGCAAGUCAGCCAGUUCCUUCAGACUCCUCGUCAUCUUCAUUUGGCUGCUGUCCAUAGGAUCAUACGCUAUGUUCACGGUACUUCUGCCCGUGGCUUAUUCUUCCCUGCCAGCAAUGCUUCUCGCCUUGCUGGUUAUAGUAAUGCUAAUUGGGCUGGUUGUGCAGAUACCCAUCGCUCCAUCACUGGUUUGCUUGCCGAGUUAGAUUUUUCUGAGACUACUCCUACACCUCUACAUGCUAAUAAUACAAGUGCUAUUCAGAUCACGGCCAAUCUUGUCUAUCAUGAACGUACAAAGCAUAUUGAAGUGGACUGUCACUCUAUCCGUGAAGCCUUUGAAGCUCAUGUUAGUGCUCUUCCACAUAUUUCCACUGCACUACAAAUUGUCGAUAUCUUCACCAAUGCUCUCACUCGCCAUCGACAUUGCUUCCUAAGUAGCAAAUUGAUACUUAUUGAUCAACCUGCAUCAAUUUAA